UGAAAGUAAGUUUCCUGAUCCCGAGGAGACUUGGUUUGGGAGAAGAGCUGAGCGCUGACUUCAGCUCUACUCAGAAGAAUAGACUGCUUCUUCUGCAAAGGGGGAGGGGGAGACCAAAAGCCAUUAUUUAUUCCUGAAAAGAAAGGAGCUGGGAAAUAAAAAAUCUACUAUACAUCUAGACAUACGUAUUUUAAAGAGAAGGAUGCUUUGGAAGACUUUGGUGCUGCUGCUGUUCUAUUACAGUGCUCAUGCCACUGUGACCCACAGAUGGAGCAGAGCUAUGCUUUUCCCAGCUGCUCAGCGAUUCAAGAGAUCUUCAGCUGCUUUCCUCAACCCAGUGUUACAGAACUCGCUGGAAGAUGUGGUCCUGCUUUAUGAGUUUCUUUUAGCUGAGCUUGACAUUGACAAAGGUCAGAGGAUCUCCAUCAAAGAUGAGGAGCUGGCUUCCCUGAGGAAGGCUGCUGAGUUUGACACCGUCUGCAAUGAGAUUAUCCCCAAGAGCAUCACGGAGAUCCGCAGGCUGAGCAGCAGGUUGGCUUCCUACCCCAGGGUCCUCAAGAAAGAAGACUUUGAAAGGACAGUGCUGACCAUGGUCUACACGGCCUACAGAGCUGCUCAGUCUCAGGGCCACCAGAAAGACACUUGGGCUGAAUCCUUUGUCAAUCUUUACAAAGCCCUGAAGAACGACCUGAUGUUCCCACACAACAAACAGCCAUCAUAGUGGGAGAGGAGCAGCAGCUCAGCCACCUGCGCUGGUUGAUAAUGGACACAAGGUAGCACGUCCACCACUUUAUUCUGUAAAGAGUUUAAUAGCCUGCUUCAUGAAAGAUUCUUUGUUUUCUGGCUCCCUCUUGUGGAAUCCGCUUUCUAGUUCCAUGUUAAGGGUGAAAAACGUCGUCAGCCCUGAGAAUUCGAUUUUUGGGCUGGCUUGGAGGCAGGUUCUGUGACAGGCAAAGAAAGGAGUCUGGUGUACACCCAGGCAGACCCUUGUUUCAGGCAAACCCUUGAUUCAUCCUGUGGGUUUCCUAUAAACAAUUCAUAAAUAUACUGUGCUUAUGCUCACAUGCUGAUGUGUAAGUGCUGGAGAGUGCUGCUUUCCUAGCUGGGGAAACAAGUUCAUGUUUUGGCUGGCCAAUAAGUGAAUAUUACACAGAGAUGAAGGCCCUUUGUAAAAGGAAGAGGUUUCAUAACUGUCAACCUUCAGAAAUUAUGCCACAUAUUAUUCAUUCCAAAUGUUCUCCUAAAUAAGUACUCUCUGAUUCACUUCAUUUGGCUGAGCCAGUGUUCAAUUGCAAUAACAUUUGCAGAAGACAAAGGGCAUUGUGAAGACCAGCAGCAAACAAUGCCUGUGAACGUAUUCCCUGCUUCCUGGAGCUGUCCUCCCAAACAGUCUGCAAUGAUUCUUUCAUUAUUUGCACAUGACUUUGCUUCUGCUGCUUGUUUUUUUUUUUGAAAGAAACAUGUAUUUGUCCUCAGUGGAAUCCAAGGCAAGACAAAGGCCCUAUUUAAUUUAAUAAUGACACAUUUUUCCUGGUUCUACCACUUGAACGUAGGUCAUCUAAACCCAUGUUUCAGAAUCCCCCUGAGGUGAGGGAGGAAGGUGCAUUAAAACAUACCUGGUGCUGAAUUUAGCACUGUGACUCUAUUUUUUUAUAGUAAAUUGUAUAUUCAUUUGAGUAUAUGUGCGUGUGUGUGUGUGUGUCUAUGUUCAUGAAUGUGUGUGCACAUAAGUGCUGAGUACAUAGAAGAAUCCCAAAUUGUUCAGUCAGUGAACAAUUGCAUCUGACCACUUAGCAGAAAAUGCUAUUUACCAAUUCAGUGGUGCGAAUUAUGAAUUUGAGAGCAGCAAAGGAAAAACUGUAGAAGUAGUGCAACCGAUUAUAACAAACUCCCUGAAACAUCAUGAACAGAAAUCAGACAGAAUAUUUUGUCAGACAGAUGACUAGCUAUCAAAAAUCCAGAUUAUUCUAAGUUAAAUCCCCUAGUUUAUGUGCACAAGAGAUACAAAUUCUGGUUUUCUAUUGAUAUUAAAGGUGCUUCUACUUCCAAACCAUGGGAAAAUAGCUGAACAUUUAUUUUAUCCUUUCAUACCAUCAUUCUCUACCUCUUUAUUGCAUAAUGUCUUAAGGAUGCAGGCCCAAAUAAAAAAUCCCUGAGAAUAAAACAGACCUAAGGAUUCCAGUCCAAGUUCUGCAUCAUGUUUAACUGCUUUUGCAUCACUUGAGCAAAAGGAAUUAAUUCUUCUGUGUCCCUUAAAAGGGACACUUCAAGGACUGAAGCUGAAAAAAUCCACCCAGAAGCACAGCAAAGAGCACAGUGCAAGCAGUCAGAGCACACUGGAUUUGGCAAACACCUGUGGGAAUGGGAAACCACAGCAGCCUUAGGGGCAGUCUGGCCACAGCAUUAGCAGCUGGACAAAGGUUUUAUAAAAGACACAGUCAGUCUUGUUUCUCCCAGAGUUCCUGGAUUUGUGUGUAUGAGCGUGCACAUUCAUUUAGACGCACGUAUGUGCAGGCACAUUUUAUACCUGAAGAGUUUUGUUGGCCAUCUUCAAAGCCUGUCUGGCAGGUGGUGAAGGAACCUGCAAACUUCAGCCACGAGGCUGUGGGCCACAAAUAUCUCUGUCUCCUCUGCUUGCACACACAGAGCUCAGCACCCCCAGAGCAGCCUUGCGCUCCUGCCUACGCGCCCUUUGAGCCCUCAGCUUUAACACUGAUAUCUGCUUGUGAUUCUUUCCCCCAGCAUGCUUUACAAACACAUGGAGGGGAAAUGCCACAGAGUGCAAUACUGCCUUCGCAGCUCUGCUUCUUGGCUCCCUGAAACACCCCUCACUGAAAGAGCCUGGAACCAGAGCAAUUCAUAAAUCCCUCACAGUCAGCUACUCCAAGUCAGCAAAAAUAGCAAGAAAAAGGACUAGAGCAAAUAUUAAUUGCUAGCAGUCACCAUCCAGAGAAAUGCCUCCCAGCCAUGCUCCUCACCCCACAACAGGACUGCCCAGAAGAGUUUACUAAUCAUAAAAUAUUCCAUAGAAAAGAAUUACAGAUAAUUUUUAAUAUCUUAUAACUCCCUAUGGCAUACAUACCUUACUGUACUUUACAAAUUGGUAACUGAAACAUUUAUCUCCUCAACAGAAAAUAAAGGUUUUAUGAGGUUUUUCCCUCCUCCCUUUACUGUGUGUAAAGAAA